AUGGCAUCAGAACAGCGGCUAGUUCGACUCUGGAAGACGAAGCGCAUCCAACAAGUCCUCACGAGACAUCUAGCAAGCAAGGAUCCCAUCUCAUGCCGUCUAGUAUGCCGCAGGCUCUCUGUCUAUCUCGCACCAAUCCUAUUCGCGGAUAUUGAAGUCCGGUUUCGCAGCAGCACCUUUGACAAGCCAUCACGGAUGGCAGCUCUGGAGCGCGUUGGGGUACACAUCCAAGCCAUGACGUUUAAAAUCUCACAUGAUAGGGAGACAUUCUUACCUCCAAUCCUGGAUUCAAUCACGGGGACAGAACAAACCUUUAUCUACACGCCACAACGGUGCAAACUCGGUGGCAGUAGCCCUAGGUAUGGCAGCCGGCAAAUGACAGAGCUGCUAGUCAAGCAGUAUCCGCCUUUGUUCCAUGCAUCUACCAACAUUACGUCAUUUGUCCAGGCAUUGACGAUGAUGAGCGGCUUGCAACAUCUGCGAAUCUCCUGCGAGGGCCAAGUACCAAGCCAUCGCUACCGCCGGAGUGUAGUAGAUCAUGCAUUGAUCUCAUUGCGAAUAGCAAUCGAACAAGCACCAUUGAAAGAUCUCCACACUCUGUCAUUGUUAUCAGUCCACCCAGGAGCAGUCCUUUAUCUGCGUCCAGCUCCAGGAUUUGGUGCUUCGCCUGCAUCUUGCAAGCGUUGGUCGCAGAUCCGUAAGCUCACAGUCCAGAUGUCGAGUUUCGGCCAUGAGCCAGGCCAACCGACGGACCACCUCAAGCUCCUUCACGCGUACCUAGGAAGCUUCCCAUCUCUGCAAAGACUGGUCUUUCAUUGGGAAGGCGAGAGGGGCCUCUCACCCUUGUCGCUUGCAACAGAGCCGAGCCUGAGCAGUACAGCGAAAGGGAAGCCUACUCAAGCCUGUCCUCAGAGGUGCGCAUUACCCUUACGGCUAUUGAAAUUCCAACAUCUUCAGCAGAUGGAGCUGGUCAAUGCAACAAUGGACGCGUCGCAAGUGGCGUCGUUCAUCCAGGAGCACCGGAGUUCCCUGCGCGAGUUCAACUUCGAAAACGUGGUGCUCCGCAGCGGCAAUUGGGGACGAUGCGCUCGCGCCAUUGACAAGACUCAGCGGGAGUGA